AUGGCCGUCCAACAAGACACCAUCCCGGCACUCGACCACUGGCUACAGCGGCACAGCCGCCGACACCACAUGCGGCGGCCGGCUUUGGCGGCACGCACCAAGAGGGUCACGCAGGCGCUUCGGCAGCACACACAAUACUCGACGACCAUGUGCAAGAUUUCGCCCCGAGACGGCGCGUGA